AAAUGUCGAAGUUUGAAGUUGACUGAUCAACAAAAUACUUUCAAGCACUCACACCUUCACACCACAAAACCACAGAGUACUUUCACAAAACCCCAACACUGUAGCGUUCCGUUUGUAUAGGCAUACAUAUAAAUAAAACAUUACCCACACAUAGAUUACAAAAAUGGCUGCAAAUCGUCGCAAGCAAGACGAUAAAAAUUUAGAAAUUUUACGUGAGCUUAUUUCACUAAAUGGGAAUAAAUAUUGCUUAGAUUGCAACCAAAGAGGACCUACAUACGUAAAUACCACGAUCGGUUCAUUCGUGUGUUCGAAAUGCUCGGGAAUGUUGCGUGGCCUUACACCGCCUCAUCGCGUGAAGUCCAUUUCCAUGGCCACUUUCACGCCGGAAGAAAUAGAAUUCAUAAAAGCGAGAGGUAACGACUUCUGUAGGCGCGUUUGGUUAGGCCUGUAUGAGGGUGAAAGUGUGAAUUUUACAGACGAACAAAGCGUCAAAGAUUUUAUGUCAGACAAAUAUGAGAAGAAGCGCUAUUAUUUGGAUUCGCCCGUGAUCAGUAACAAUCCCGUCAAUGGAAGUUCGAUAAAAAAUAGGCCCAAAGCAAAGGCCGGAAGUAACGCGUCGGCCGCAACGCCGUUGAUAUCGAUUUCGCCGCAAACUUCGAAGAACACGGCCAACAAUAACAACGUCGUCCAAACUGCGAAAGUGGUAAACAACCUGCUGCCUACGAACGACAUUAGCUACAGAGUGGCCCAGCCAGGCAAUCACUUGGCGAAGCCUAUCGCGAACACAGUCACUCCAGUACCUGCUGCUGCACCAGCCUCCGUACCUGAUUUUCCUGUUGAUUUUUCUACGGCAAAUAUUUAUAACAGUAGUCAGUUCAACAAUAAUGUGAACAAUAGUUUUGCAUCAUCUCAGUCCAUGACCUCUACAACAUUCAAUGCGUUUAGUCCUCCAGCUCAGCCAACAAAUGAUCGCUAUGCUGCACUGGCAGAUUUAGAUAUGGCUUUAAGGCAACAAAACAUGAAACAUAUGGAAGAAAAUAACAUUGUAAAUAAUAAAAAUCCAUUCCAAAGCCCUGCAACCAAUGAUCUGUUUGCAAAUAAAAACCCAUUUUUCAAUGGAGGAUGGAGUACCGCUACAGCUACUGUACCAGUCAACCCUUUUAUGCAGUCCACAAACAAUGGCGGUUUCGUGAAUUCCAAGAACCCAUUCCUCUGAGUGGACUACAUGGAACAUAAGAACUAAGUGAGAUGUCAAAGAACAAACUACGUAACAAAAAGCACAAACCAAGCUACAAAUUUUAUGUUAUUGAGCAAUUAUUGUAUAGUAGUUGAAUAAUUUAUUCAUAUUCUGCCAUAGUGGGGAUACAGUAACACCAAUGAUUACACACAUUUUACAAUUAUUUCAUGAAUUUUACAAAGUAAAAAGUGUAAUUAAAGGAUUUACUGUAUUUUAAGCAGUAAAAGUUCAUAGCUACCACCAUGCACCAUGCUUGUUAUGGUUGUAAAAUUUAGUGCCUCAAUAUGCCUUACAUUAUACAAUAUAUAUUUACAAUGAUUAUAUUAUCUCAAAGUAGAAAUUUUUUAGUAUUUCGAAUGUAUGGAUUGUGAAGUUGAACAAUUUUAUUAAAAUGUGUAUAAAUUUGUAAUAUUGAUUAAGACUCUGGUUUUAGCUUAAUUCUAAAUUAUUUAUAUGAAAUUAUUGUAUAGAUAUGACCAUGAAAGAAAAGAAAAUAAGUAUUUGCCUACAGUAAAAGCUUUAUGAGUAAUUUCACUCUGGUAUCAAAAUUGUACGUGCAGUAUUGCAUCUGAAAACCAGUGCCUUGUGUAAGUUUAGUUCAGUGAGUCAGCCGUGAGCCAGUGGCCGGGCGGAGUUUGCCGCGCACUGAUGUCAUACGAAGGUUGCUGGCCUUAUUUGCUAGAGUAGUUUGGAAUUGUAUGGAAUGGUACAAAAUUUUAUUGAUAAAAAAUGUAAGAUAAAAUAUAUAAGAUCUAUUGGGUAUUAUAAAUGUGGAAUGAUUCAAUCCAAGUGUAAUAUUUGAUGUCCAUGUAUAAAAAUUGCUCAUUAUAAUAACAAUGUAGGUAUUGAAGAUGUAUGAAAUCAAGAAAUACAAGAGAAUCAAAUAAUUUCUACCAUUUCAAGUUUAAUGUAAUCUAUUGUUGACUUUUUGUAAUUUCACCACAUGAAAUGUAAGUUAUUAAUACUGUUAUUUAAUAUUUUAACAUUUUGCUUGUCAAAAUUGAACUGAAUAUUUUAUUAGUCAGGGUUUAACAUUUAUAUACUCCCAUAUCUUAAAAGAAACCCAUUGCAAAUAUAGUUAUAAUUAGCCUCUUAGAAAAUGAGCUCUCAAAUUAUGUGCUUCAUCUGUGAUUAUAAUCAGUUUUAUUUUUAUUUGCAAGGAGCUAACUUGAACAAUUUUUUUAUUUUCUAAUCAAUGCACUUUCCUAUUUAUUUAGUUCUUAAUAUAAUUGUUUUUUUACUAUAUGAGCACUAAGAUCUGUUAAUUUGUAUAAAUAAAAAUAAUCACUAUUAUUUUUUAUA